AUGGUCAGUAUAACGUACCCGCAUACAUCCCAGGUGGUGUAUGCGGGACCAUUACCACUAAUAGCCACAUCACUAUCAGAGGCUGGUGUAUCCGAAUCCCAACCUCAAAGAAAAUGGCUCAGACAGUGCAACCACUCUUCAUCCUUGGAUGAUAGCCCCCUGCCAGAUCUCGAAGAACCUGAAAUCAUAUAUGAAGGUCACCGAGUGGGAGGGCCAGUCUUAUGCCGUCUGCCAGCUGCUACGUUCCCUAUAACCUCUGCUGACCCAAUAACCCACGUGUUUGAUUCAGAAAUGCGGGGAAAAAUCAUGGAAGCUAUCCAGGAGUCCAAUAUCGACUUCCAGGCGAUGUCAGUUCUUAAGCGGCGUUGGAGGGAAUCUCGUGAUAAGCCUCUACCAUUUAUUCUCAUUAUUGCUAAAGCCAAAUACAAUCGUACAGUUGAAGAUACUUGGUUUCAGCUCUACGGGAAAAUUCGGGCUAUUUGUACCUCCGCUGGCCAAGAGGUUAAUGUUGAGAUUGGUGACCCCAUCGCCUAUAUACCAAGAAUAUCCUCUGCCAUUCUCUUAAGUGAUACCAUUGUGCAACACUGGCCGGCGCUGAAACCCAGGGUUCUCGAAAUAAUUAACGACAAAAGGUGGCUUACCUUGGAUGUACUCCGACGCGGUCCGAUAGACAACGAAGGAAUUAUUACAGUUGUCAUCACAAUACCAGAAUGCUCUACAAAUGACGCAUAUUCCUGGCGGCCAAUUAGGGACAGGAUUGUCGACGUCCUCAGUACUGCUGGACUUGACAAUGUGGCGGUCGAAAUAGGGAGAGGAGCAGUCUAUAGCUCCCAUGAUAUUGACAAAAACAAUAACUUCUUUGAUGAAAGUGGCCCCAGCGCAAAAGCUCGCUUCGGAGGAAGUUUAGCUGGAUUACACGAUUCCAAACGACUAGGAUCUUUCGGUGGCUUUAUAGUGUUAGAUUUCUCAGAUGGCAAGUCUAGGACCUGUGGUCUUACCUGUUUCCACUGCGUGGUCAACGAUGAGACUGACAGUCCAGCAAUCGAAACAUGGCAAACGCAUGGCCUUCGACCCAGCGACCCGAAGAACAAUAUUGAAGUUUCCCAUCCUUGCCGUAGAGAUUACGAAGAUAUAGUAGCUCACUGCAGAGAGGUUAUUGCAUGUCUUCAGACGCCAGAGUAUUACCGGGUCCUGGCAUUGGCUAAUGAUCCUGACAGACUCCUUAGCCGACAGGAGCAGGGAGUACUUGACCAUGGACUAAUAUUCAUCACCUCUCAUAAAGAGAAGAUCCGGAUUGCAGAUGAGUUUAUGCUGGAAAGAAUGAACUACUUCGGCAAGGUUUAUGCUGGUUCUGGGCUCCGACUGGAUGAGGACAGCCAUAGUCUCGACUGGGCGCUAAUAGAUGUCAGUCCCGAAAGAGUAUCAGGAAACAAGCUGCCUGACGGACUCGUAUCGCCAUAUUUCAACCCAACAAUACAUGGAGGCCAUGUCACGGAGGCGAACUUUGAUACAGUGUCAGGCCAGAACGUUUUCAAGCUUGGUCGAUCGACAGGCUUUACGAAGGGCAUCAUGAAUGGGAUUGAAACAACAAGAUUUCGCUCUUGUGGCUUGGGAGGCCAAUCUGGAGACGCUCUAUCUCAGAGUUACGAUAUCCAGUGGGCAAUUGUGCCUCACAAUGGGAAGGGUUUGUUCUCCGGCCAAGGUGACUCUGGAGCAUUUAUUCUAGACAGCAACGCCUCUAUGGUUGGCCUUCUUUUUGCAGGAAAUACUUUUUGCGCUGCCACAUACAUGACAUCGGUUGCAGCUCUCUUCGAGGAUAUCAAAAGGGUUACUGGCGCCUGUAGAGACAAGAAGGAAAAAGUAGUCAAAUAUGACACAAAAGAGAGUGUGAUGGCGGCUGCAAAAUGA